AUGCCGACCUUCAAGGCGAUGAAAAAGUCCUCAGUAACACUGGAACCCUACUCCGCGGAGGCGCUUUACACAGAAGCCUUUGAAAAGCCACCUCCACCCUCUCUGCUCCUCACUUUGGAAGGUCGUUUUGUUGGUCGUGGUGGCGAGGGUGUGUUGCCCUUCGACGGCAUUCUGCGCAAGUUUCGGGUAGACACGGGCAGUGUUCAGGUUUGGCUCGUAUCGGAGUACUCUCGCGCCUUGCUACCAGUCAUCAGUCACGGCCAAUUUUAUCGAGGGGAGACUUAUGUCAUUCGUUGGUCCUUCCAGCUGGGUUCAAACAGCACGGUUACUCAACAAGGUGCUGCAGCCCUGAUGACAGUUGAACUCGAUGAAGAAAAGGGUCCUCAGAUGCGCGUCGUUGAGGGGAAGGAACCACCGGCCUUCUGCAAUCUCUUCAACGGACGUAUGAUCAUUCAUGAUGGAUUCGCUCCUAAACAGUCCAACAAUGGGCCGCUCUGUCCACCCGAGCUGGGUGAGGGUUCGUUCAGGGUUACGCAGCUGCACGAGGAAACUGGGGCUACUACGGACUCGACCGCUGAAAUGGCGGAGUGUCUCGCCUGUCUGGGAGGUUACUCAAGCCGGCCGUCCUGUUUGCAUAUUGAAGGUAACCUGCUCAUUCUGAGUCUUGUUUGUGGCACCAUUGCCGCCUUUCAUAAAUACAGUUCGCCCUCCGCCACCCCGCUACCAGCAAAACCGUUGUAG